AGGCAGUGAUGGGAUACUGAGUUGGAUGAUCAGCCAUGAUCGUGUUGAAUGGUGAAUGGAUGCGGCCUUCCAAAAUGAAAAGGUUCCCCAGCCCUGAGUUAGAGAGAACCAGUGUCCAACACUAGAGGGCACAGCUAUAUGGUGAGAGGGGGAAGUUUAAUGUAGAUGUGUGGGGCAGGUUUUGUACACAGAGGGUGGUGGGUGCCUGGAACAUGCUGCCAGGGGUGGGGGUGGAGGCAGAUGCGAUGGAGGUGUUUAAGAGGCUUUUAGACAGGCACACGGAUAUGGGAGGAUAUGGUUCAUGUACAGGCUGAUGAGAUCAUGUACACAGAUUGUGGGCCAAAUGGCCUGUUCCUGUGCUGUAGUAUUUAGUUUAGUUUAGAGAUACAGCGCAGAAACAGGCCCUUCGGCCCACCGAGUCCGCCCUGACCAGCGACCCCCGCACGCUAACACUAAAGGGGCUGUCCCACUGUAGGAGUUCUCCCGAGUUUAAAAAAUAAUCAAACUGGUGGUAAGCAUGUAGAAUGUUCGUUGGAGCUCGGGGACGUCUCUUAGCGGCUCGUAACGCUAGCGGCAGGUACUCGGGAAACGCGGUAAGCUCAUGAAGAUUUUCCAACACGUUGAGAAAUGUCCACGAGAGUCCCGAGUACCUACGAGCGGCCAUUACCGUAAAUCUCCGGAGAACUCGUAAAUUACUUCGUACAGUGGGACAGGGGUUAACACUAUCCACGAGGGACAUCUCUUACAUUUACCAGGCCAAUUAACCUACAAACCCUGUACGUCUUUGGAGUGUGGGAGGAGUUUGGAGUGUGUGCAGUUUUAGUGUGUGUGCAAGACUUAAAGAAUAGAAUUCCUGUGUCAGAGUUUCUUGGUAACACAGCCUGUAUCCAUGUGAGGAUCUCUCUUCCCCAUCUGUCUACACAAACUAGAUGCCCUCUGCAGUGAAAGGGUUACAGUGCAAAGGCAGAAUGGGGAUUUCCAAAGGAAAUCGAUUUUUUUUUCUCUGCACGACUUGUUGGAAAGGGCCAAUUAUGAAAGGGUGCUUUCCACAGUAACGAACAGAAAUGCAACCACUCGCUGAAGCUCAGUGGUGAGACUGAGAGGCUGUGAGCAGAGUCUACCUCAGCUAUGCUCUUGUACUAAGCCCUGUCAAUGGUGUUUGGGGCAUUGAUGGUGAAACCCAGGAUGAUACCGGCAUUGAGCAAGGUCGCAGGAGGACUUUAGCCUGACUUGCGGGCACUUCCCUGGUAAUGGUUCAACAAAUAUCCUGGAGCGUGCAUUCACAGCGCCAAUGGCUACCAGUUGCCCCCCGGACCGGAUGAAGCCCUGCCUGCACCAGCCCCUGAAGGAUUCUCCCCCCACGGGGCUCGAGGCGGAGGUGCCUGAAGGGGGUCACACAGAGGAGUUUGUAGAACUGGUAGACGACAAGUACAAGUGUGAAGAAUGCCAUAGGGUGCUACGUAACGCAAUGCAGACUGCGUGCGGCCAUCGAUUCUGCGACAGCUGUAUCGGAGGUCUACUCCGGAAUCCGGGCCACGUCUGUCCAGUGGAUGAGGAGCUCCUGCACAGCAGCAAGGUGUUCUUUGACAACUGUUGUCGGAAGGAGGUGAUGGGACUGUGGGUUUACUGCAGGAACCACAAAGCUGGCUGCCAAGUACAGAUACUGCUGAGCGCCCUGGAGGGCCAUCUGAAGACCUGUUCCUUCCAGCGUGUCCCAUGCUCGCGGCCUGGCUGCUCCGAACUACUUCUGCAGCAGGACCUGAGGGACCAUUUAAACCUCAACUGUCGACAGCGGGAAGUGAAGUGCCAAUACUGCCAGAUUGAAACUACUGUGGCUGAGCUAAAGAAACAUGAAACCAGUGAAUGUCGGACGUCUUUGAUCUCCUGUCCGAAAUACUGUGGGAAACAACUUCAUCGAGCUGAGCUGACGGAGCACAUGGUGGAAUGUCCCAAAGCCGAGAGGUGUUGUAGCUUCACCAACUACGGAUGCAGCUUCAAGGGGACGGAUCCUCGACUAAAACAGCACGAGACACAGUCCAUCCACCAACACUUGAUACUGGUGCUGCUAAAGAACAAGGCACUGGAGGAGAAGGUGACGGAACUCGAUAAUGAGAUCACGAAAAAACAAACCUUACUGCAGCGACUGUCCAACAAAAUUCAGAAGAUGGAGAUGGAAUUAUCGUCCCAAACCCAAUCAGUCAACAGAAGUGACAUCGACAUCAUCUCAUUACAGAACACAUUAGCGACACAUGGGGAGCUGCUACACAGGGUGGAGACGGAGAAGCUGGAGAGACACAAGUUAGAGGACAUCUUCAAACAGGACAUCCUGUGGAUUAAAUAUAAAACUGAAAACCUGAGCGGCAGAGUAUCGAAUAUAGAAAGCAACCAGAGUGAUCCAUGUCUAUACCGAGGCAGCAGUAGCCUCCCAGGCUCCGUCGAGCACCAGGUAUCGCAACACGAUGAGAUGUUGUCUGUACACGAGGUGCGUUUGGCAGACAUGGACCUGAGGUUCCAGGUGUUGGAGACGGCCAGUUACGACGGGAGACUGAUCUGGAAGAUCCAACAAUACGAGCGGCAGAAACGGGACGCCAUCUCCGGGAAGACCCUGUCCCUCUACAGCCAACCCUUCUACACCAGCUCGUUCGGGUAUAAGAUGUGUGCCCGGGUCUACCUCAAUGGGGACGGCAUGGGCAAGGGCACACACAUGUCGGUCUUCUUUGUGGUGAUGCGUGGCGAAUACGACUCACUCCUGCCCUGGCCAUUCCGGCAGAAGGUGACCUUCAUGCUCCUUGACCAAGGGAUGGGCAAGGGCCACGUGUCGGACACCUUCAAGCCCGACCCCAACAGCAGCAGCUUCUCCCGACCCCAGGGGGAGAUGAAUGUAGCCUCGGGCUGCCCGCUCUUCGUAGCCCAACCGGUGCUGGAGAACAAACAACACCAGUACAUCAAGGACAACACCAUCUUCAUCAAGAUAACCGUGGAUGUCUCCGACUCCCCAGAACUCUGAACCAUCCAAACUUCAGCCCCAACAGGACCGUGCAAUAGCCCCAGGAUCAGUAGCAGGUCACUCCUCAACCCUACAGGAGUGUCUUUGCAAAAGUCAAACUGAACUUAGAUCUGGGGCCCAUAUUAAAUUAUAAAUCUCCGUUACUCCUUGCUACAGAUAUCAAAGUAUUUUAUAUUAUAAGGUAUUAUUAGUCAGUAGUAUGCUAAUGUAUUUGUCCACAGUUCACUCCUUGCAUGUUUUAGCGGGGAGUUUUGUUUUUGUUUCAGAUAUAUUUUUAUGGAAAGUAUUAUUAAAUCCUUUAUUGUUACCAUGUGAGUGCAAGAUGCAGUUCAUUUUGGACACUGGCUAUUUGGGCAGUAAGAUGCAAAGGGCUGGAGUAACUCAGCGGGUCAGGCAGAAAAUCUGCGGAAGGAUGUGCCGGCUUUGGGAGAGGGUCCAGAGGAGGUUCUUCCCAGGAAUGAGUUGGUGAGUUAAGUCCCUG